CACGUGUGUUUACAAACGGUCGCAUCCGGUUAGUAGCCCUCCAUCUGCAUGUGCUAAAACUGAACGUCUAUUUGAUCGAAUUGUGCAGUUUUUUGGCGGCAUGGUUCCUACAGGGUAGACAAAAGGCCACCCACACAUUAACAGGCAUGUUAAAAAUAUUUAUUUAGUUUUAUUGGCUAAUUGGCAGUCUGUGUUCAGAUGUACAAGAAGUUAGCAUCACAGUUAGCUAGGUAACUUACAUGAUGAUCCAGUAAGUUUGUUAGCAGAUAUUCUCUUUCUUCCACAUUAACUCAUUCAACAGUUGCAAGCUUUAUUAUUAUUUUUUUAAUGUUGCUUUUCGUAAAACGUAUACAUUACCUUUACUCUGGCUCUGUUGUUCUGAGGUAGAUCUAGAUGUUUGUUACCUCUGUUGUCAAUGUGUCAUGUUCUCUGGUCGUGUUUUAUUUAACCUCACGUUGCAGUUCUCAAAAACUCUCGAUUUACUAAAUGCAUUCAAAGAGUUGUCAUAUAAUUAUAAGAAGCAGUUUUCUGUGUAUACGUAUUGCUGCGGAAACGUCACAGCUUUAAAACCUCCUGUACACUCGUUCCGACAUCAGGUUCGAGCACAGACUGGUCUUUACCUGCACAACAUGAAGCCAGCCACCAUCUAUGGAAGAGAAACCAUAGAAGUAGGGUUAGAUGAAGAUGAGGAAGAUGGAGGAGAAAGUCGGGAUGGACCUGAGCCUGGAGCGCCUCUGGAGCACAAAAUGACCACAGAUCAGGUGGAAACAGUGAGCAUGGCUGUCAAUGAAGUCUCCAAAUUGUCAGGUCCUCCAGCAUCAAGCAAGAAACCCUCAAAGAGUCAAAAGAGGAGGGAAAAGAAGAAUCUAUUUAGAAAAAAGUUCAAGGCCUCUAAUAUUUCUGCUGACUUGAUGUCAGAACUUCCAUUUGCACUUACCAGCCCCACCACAUGGAAAGAACUGGGCUUCCCUAUCCCAGAGGCAGCAGAGAAAAAGAGAAAGAGAAAAAGGGGCGACCGAGUGGACAGCGAGGAGGACGGAGACGGUAAAAAGAAGAAAAGAGAAGAAAGCAAGCGACCCAACUACUUCCUUUCCAUCCCCAUCACUAAUACUCAGAUAACCUCAGCUGUUACUGAGGUCCAGGAAAGCAUGCUUCAGCAGGAGCCCCGACUCGCCAAAGCCAUGAUCCCUGUCCCGACUCUUCACAUCACACUACUGGUCACUCAUCUGGCCAAUCAGGAGCAAGUAGACCUAGCCGCGGCAGUGCUGGGUCAGGCUGAGCCGGCGGUGGCUGAGCUCCUGGGUGGGCGGGAUCUGGUGCUGCCCUUCUCGGGGAUCAGACAUUUCCGGAAGGAUGUGGUGUUUGUGGGACUGGCUGAUGGGCAGCACAGACGCACGCUGGACCGGCUGGCAGAGUUGUUGAGGAGCCGCUUCGAGGAGCAGGGUCUUCUGCAGGGAGACUGCCGGGACUUUGAACCCCACCUCACCAUCAUGAAACUGUCCAGGGCAUCCAAACUACGCUCUCAGGGUGUGAAGCGCGUUGAUCCAUCUCUGUAUGCAGAAUAUACAAACAAAUUCUUUGGAAGCCUGACGGUGGAGCGGGUGGACCUGUGUUCUAUGUUAAAAAAGAAGCAACAAGAUGGAUAUUACCACACGGAAACGUCACUACAACUGGAUUUGACUCAGAGUCCACUCCAUACCACACGCUCAAGUGGGCGUCGCCGGUCUGAACCCGAUGAGGCGGAGCUUCUGAAAGUGAGCAAACGAUUGGUGGAGGACGCCAUCAAUCGUGCUUUGCAACAGUACAAGCAGGAAACACUUCAAAAUGGGGGCGGUCCCAACGCAACUGCGACGAAGCCCCCAGGAAGUACAGAGGAAACCUCUGCCAAGACGGACACUAUAGCAAAUUCCACAGACAACAGGAAGUGACAUCAUCUGGCGCGUCGUGAUUAAGCAAGCAGCCCUGAAAACCUCAACUCGGGCUCGAUGACCAGGAGAGAAAUUCCUUACGUUGAAGGCGUGACGCCUAAACCAGCCUACCGGUCAUCCACCCAUCUAGACAUGCUGGACCUGCUCCCAGCUGAGCUAGCUAUACUACUUUAUAUUACAGCUUCAAAUCAAAGCCAGUCGACCGUUCCAACUGGUCAGCGAGUUGAUCCAGUUUGACUGAUUCUGCUGUCAAACAUCAAAGAGGAAGCGGCCCCAAUGACACGUUCACUUCACUGUGACCUGCCACGCACAAACUGCCCUUUUAGAACAAGAUGUUUAUCUUUUAUACACAGUUUGGGUAGUUAUAUAGAAGAUCUAAUAAAGGACCCCAUCGAUCCUGCCGAUUCCAGUGGAAAAUCUAAAGUAUAUGGCUACAGUCGAUAACCAGUGAAACCUGUUUCUUGCACUUUGGUUGAGCCUUGAUGGUUGGUUUGUUCACUACACAACAUGGAUUCCUUUUUUUUUUCAGCGUUUUCUUUUAAACCUAAGACUUCCGCCGGCGCUCCCAAACAGCAGCAGAGGUUACAAGCUAGUAAAAGGUUUUGAAUAAAGCAGAUCCAUUUGGGAGGAAACUUGGACAAAGUGGUCUGUUGAUCCAAAGUGGACCUUUUUGCUUGGAUCCACGGACGGCCGUCGUGAUCUAAAACCACUGAAAACGCUAACACAACAAAAGACGAUGAGAGACGGCGGCGGCGAUGCCAGGAAAGAAUUCACUACACUCUUAAGUGGCCAAGAACACGUCUUGACAUCAACAGUGCCAAAACCUCAAAGAAAACUGUCCAACCUUCACUUCCUGUCUGCUUGUGCGUGGAUCUCCUUCUUUUUUUUUUUUGCAUAUGAUUAUGUGUGAAAACCACAGGCUUAAUAUUUAUUACAUGAGUGUUCAACAUGUGUGACACAUGGGAGUCAGUGCUGUCUAGAGUUUUUAGCCCGAUCUUAGAAGUUCUGUUAUUUGGUUGUUUUUCAAUUUAACCUUUAUUUUGAAAUUGUAACAUCCAGAUUGUUACCCAUCAAUGGAAAACUAAAAGCAAUGAUUGGAUGGACUUGAGGCCAGCAAAACAGCAUUUUGAUCAAGUUGAAUGUUUGUUUAGUUUAGAAAUUUUUUUUGCUGUUAAAGUAAAAAAAAGAUUAGGAAAAUAAUCCCUGUUAGAAAAAUAUACUUUAAAUGAAGAUUUUAUGUUUUUUAAAGGAGACUAUAACUACUUAGUUUGUAUUUUUCAAACCUUAAAAAGCACAAAAUUGUCUUUUAACAACAAAGCAGUCCAAAAAAAAAAAAAGAGUAGAAAUCUUUUAUUUCUGGGUUGUUUUAAGUGCAAAGGUGAAAAGGAUUUGCCAAAGUCUUUCCAAAUAAAAUGAAGCUGUGGCUGAAGGGUUAAAUUCUUGAGUUAAAUGUAAAAUGAAGAAAAUGUAUGAUGGAGUGGAAUGGGUUUUUGACAUCCAUGGAUGAAAGCCGAAAGGUCAAAAACACAGGAACACACAAAAUCAACAAAUCCCCUUUAAAGCACAGAAAGACCUGUUGUCUGUUCAUCAGUGUGUUUGUGUUUGCAGGAGGCGCACCUCUCUGAGUCAGUCACGCCUCCGUCGGGCACUUAGUGUGUGUGAACACACUCUCACCUCUUGUGUUUUUUUUACUCCCGUGUGCUCAUGUGUGUGCCGGGCCGUGUGGGUGUGUUCUUUGUACUGUGUUCUGUAGAUCCCAGCUCUGACAUGUUUGAACAAUAAAAGAGGAUAUGAGAUUCAAAAGUGAUAACUCA